ACCACAAGCGUUGAGUAUUUGAUGGGUUUCAAUAAAAUUGGUUUCAGUUUUCAGUUGACUGUGAAAUAAAUCGGUUUAAAUAGAAAAAAAAGAAAAUUAAAAAAUUAUUAAAAAUUUUUUAAAUUUAAUAUUUCUAAUUAAAACGUGUUGUGGAAAAGCGUGAAAGAUUUUUUUUUUGAAACUAAUUAAGUGAAAUUGCAAUAAUAGUUGUUUUUUACGGAAAAAAGCCUUAUUUUUAUAUUAAAAAUUACUAAAAUUAAUAAUAUUUAGAAAAAUCUUAAAAAAAGUAAUUAUUUAAAAUUAAAAAAAAAAGAAAAAUGUCUUUAAAUUUAUUAAAACGUAAUUUAGUUUUAACGGUUUUCCUAUUAGUGCAGUUCAUUGCAAAUGGUUCUGCUAUAAAGUGCUUUGUCUGCGAUUCCAGUGAUAAUCCCAGUUGUGCAGAUAUUGAAUCAAACAGCAGCAUUGUGGCAGAGGAAUGUACCCUAGAAAAAAUGAAAUCCAUUGAUACUUGGCUUUUUGAACUAAAUAAAAUUGCCUAUUUCGAUACGGGAGCCAAUCGAAGUCCACAAAUGAAUUGUCAAAAAGUCGUGGCCAAAGAUCCAAACACCAACAAAAUGGUAACGGCCAGAUUUUGUCAACUAAGUGCAGGAGAAUCGGAUGCCUGUCAAAUAUUACGCUCAAAAUUAAAUCUUCCGCCGGCAGGUGAUAAUCGUUUGACUCAAAGUAAUAUGAACAAUAAUAAUAAUAACAAUAAUGGACGUCGUAUGGUGCAACAACAAAAUGAUGCAGAACAAUUUCACUGUUCCAAUUGUUAUACAGACAACUGUAAUGGUGCUUUAAUGAUAGGUGCUAGUGGUUCCUGGCUUAUGGCCGUAAUACUAGUAGUUCCUGUACAAUAUAUGAUCUUUAGGCUGUGGUGAAAGUUUUGAAACUAUAGAGUAGUUUUCGAAAAUAAACGAGUGGUUAAAUAUGUUUAUGAUUUAUAUUUGUUAUUUUUAUAAUUUCUUAAGUUUAAUGUAUAUAAAUGUUAAAUAAAAAAAUAUAUAUUAUGAAGUUAAGUGUGAGUACAUAUGUGUAAAUAGGCCUUAUUGUAGAGAAUAUUAAAAUCGGAGUAGGAAAAAAUUUUUAAGAGCAAUGUGUUAGCUUGAAGUGAAAUAUUAAGCAAUUUAGUUUUUUGGUUAUAAUGGAUUAACAAAUUAAAUAUUUAUGCAAAUUUUAUUAGAAUAUUAAAUUUUAUAAAAAAAAAGUAAUAAAAAGUUUAAAAAAAUAAUUUAAAAUAUUCGGCCGGGACGAAUUUUUUCAAACUGUACCCAAGGACUUGUAAAAGUCACUGGUUUAAUGAAUUUGAAAAUAAUAACCUCUGAAAGGUAUUAUUAGUGAAAGUUAACUGUUAUAACAGUUAAAUUUUACCCAGAAUUAUUAAAAAAAUAGAAAUACAAUGCUUUAAACUAUUUAAGUUAUUUAUAUUACUAUAUAAUAAUUAUUUAUAUUUUAAAUAUAUAUUUAAGAAUAAUA